AGCGGAAGUGGCAGCAGUAGUGGAAGCAGCAAGCGAGAGUGGCCGGAGCAACAACAGUGGCAGCAGCAGUGGCAGUGGUAGCGGAAGUGGCAGCGGUAGCACCCCCCUCGGCUCCCCCCCGCACGUGCAGAUGGCUUCCCACGAGUCACUCAACUCAGAGUCCAAGUCCAGCUCUCUCAACUCCAAACUUGGACAUGAGUCUGCAGGGUCUCCCUCGGCUGGGUCUCCCUCCCCCCCAAAGAGCGUCUGCUCCUCCAGCUCCACUUCCACUGACCAACACCACCACCACCAACUUGCGCAUGUCCUCAACGCUACCUCAAAAUUGACGGUCCGGGAAGGAACCAGAACCCUGCGCCCUGAUGAGCCCACACUAGUCCCUGGGGAGCAUAUGGAGGGCACAGCCCGUGAGGUCACCUACCUCUGCCCCUACACAGGCCCCAAGAAGGGCACUCUCUCGGUCACAAAUUACCGCCUCUACUUCCGCAGCCCUGAGACUGACCCCCCAUUUGAGCUGGAGGUGCCCCUGGGAGUGGUUUCUAGAAUUGAGAAAGUGGGAGGAGCCAACACUAGUCGAGGUGAAAAUUCUUAUGGCAUUGAAAUAUUCUGUAAGGAUAUAAGAAAUCUCCGAUUUGCACAUAAACAGACUGAUCCACUGUACUCUUCGCAACUUAACAGAGAAUUGAAUAUGACAGUAUUCAGAAGAUUCAGGAUCCUCCAAAAUUUUGGCGUUUUUGGAUCUGGUCCGAUAUACCAGGAGAAUCACUCACGCCGCAUGGUGACAGAGAAGCUACUGCAGUAUGCAUUUCCUGCUUCUCACAAACUGCCAUUCUUUGCUUUUGAGUAUUGUGAGCAGUAUCCAGAAAAUGGCUGGACUGUUUAUGAGCCUAUUGCUGAGUUAAAGAGACAGGGUCUGCCCAAUGAGUCUUGGCGCAUCACGAGAAUAAAUGAGGACUAUGAGCUCUGUGAGACAUACCCUGCUGUGUGGGCAGUGCCAGCAGCUGCCUCAGACACAGACCUGCGCAAUGUGGCAGCUUUCAGAAGCAGAGGAAGAAUCCCGGUCCUGAGUUGGAUUCAUCCUGAGAGCCAGGCCACCAUCACCAGGUGUGCUCAGCCCCUGGUGGGUGUGAGUGGGAAGCGCAGCCGUGAUGACGAAGCUUACAUUCAACACAUUAUGGAUGCCAAUGCUCAAAGUCACAAGAUCUUUAUCAUGGAUGCAAGACCAAGUGUAAAUGCUGUUGCCAAUAAGGCCCGAGGUGGAGGCUACGAGAGUGAGGAUGCCUACCAGAAUGCUGAAGUCCAGUUCCUUGACAUUCACAAUAUCCACGUCAUGAGAGAAUCCCUCCGCAAGCUGCAGGAGGUGUGCUACCCACACAUCGACAAUGCCCACUGGCUAAGUAAUCUUGAGGCAACACACUGGCUGGACCACAUCAGGUGUGUUUUGAGUGGAGCCCUUAGGAUUGCAGACAAGGUCGAAAGCCACAAGACCAGUGUUGUUGUCCACUGUUCUGAUGGAUGGGAUCGUACAGCUCAGUUGACAGCUUUGGCCAUGUUGAUGUUAGAUGGAUACUACCGCACCAUUCCAGGCUUUGCUGUCCUUAUUGAGAAAGAGUGGCUCAGUUUCGGCCACAAGUUUGCCCAGCGCAUUGGGCAUGGAGAUGACCGGCAUCAGGAUGAGGAUCGGUCACCAGUCUUUCUGCAGUUUGUGGACUGUGUAUGUCAGGUGAUGAAGCAGUUCCCACAUGCAUUCCAAUUCACAGAGGAUUUGCUCAUCACUGUCUUGGAUCACUUAUAUUCCUGUCUAUUUGGGACUUUCCUUUAUAACAGUGAGAGAGAGCGAAUGGAAAAGGAAGUCAAGACCAAAACAGUGUCACUAUGGUCACUCAUCCUCAGCAAUCCUUCAGACUUCGAGAACCCCCUGUACAACCCCGCCACCCGCCACCAUGUUCUCUUUCCCCUCACUUCAAUGCGUCACUUGUGCCUUUGGGAUAAGUACUACUGCCGCUGGAACCCUUCCAUGCGCCCACAGGAACCAGUUCAUAUCCGCUUCAAAGAGCUGCUCCAUGUCAAGGGCCAGUUGGAGAGAAGAGUUGAUGAGCUUCGAAGGGAACUGGCAGCAAGGCAGACGCAUGAUUCUCCACGUGUGACUUCUGCCAUUGUUUAAUAUCCAAGGAGGCUAAUCAGAGUCUAGAUAGUUUUUUUUUUUGUGUGUGUGUGUGUGUGUGUGUGUGUACAUGAGGCAAAGUGGUUAUGUGAUUUGCUUUUUCAUUUUUUCCCCAUUUUGAGAGGAAUGACGGAGGGGAAAGACUGACCUAACCAUUGAGGGUUGUCAAACAAGUGAGAAUUGUAGCAUUGGAUUUCUUUUUACAUGAAUUAGUCCCACCUUGUACAAAAAAGGGUGAUGUUAAAUAUUAAUUAUAAAAAGAAAUGACCAAUACUUCAGUUCUUGGGGAUAAUUUUUCAUAAUGUUACCCAACUUGGGAUCAUUUAAAAUUCUGUUAUGGUAAUGGACUUUUUUUACACACACACACA